AGUUCUCUUUCUGCCUCUCUCCUCCCAGCAGUCACCAUGUCCUCCAACAAAAAUGUGUCAACAUAUGAUGAUGAGAAUGAAUCAAAAUUUAUGAGGAAAGCAAAGGAGUCUCCCUUUGUCCCAAUAGGUAAGUGAAGCUGUACAAAAACUAUUUUUUUUACAUGAGCAUCAAUUAUGUUGGUGGUUUCACCACAGUGGAUGUUUUCCAUAGUGCAUGUUUGAUUGAAUCACAGUCAGUCAUAAAUUGUAAUCCACUUUUCCAACCCUGGUUCUAAGGUUAGAUAUCAUACACCCAGACCCAGUCAUCAUUGCAUUUCCCAUGUGUUUUUUUUACAGGCAUGGCAGGAUGCGCUGCAGUGGUCGCCUUUGGUCUGUGGAGGCUCAAGUCGCGGGGAGACACAAAGAUGUCCGUCCACCUCAUCCACAUGCGUGUUGGAGCUCAAGGCUUUAUAGUAGGAGCAAUGACAUUAGGUAGGUCCUAAUCCAAUAUGUGCUGUAUAACAGAUACACAGGCCCAACAGCUAAUAUCUCUUAAUCAAUUUACAAGGGCAACAUGUAUCACACAAGACAGUGACCGUGUUGUGCCCUUACACACGUACCACUAACAGAAAAUGAAACACUAACAUGACUGUAAUGUUUGUCUAUUUGUAGGGGUGAUCUACUCUAUGUACAAAGAAUACCUUGCCCCGAAGGACCCAGGUAAAGACAGCAAGUGA